AUGCUUCAUCACCUGCAAAAUGGUUCUUCUGAUGGUAAGAGCAAUGAUGGUUCUCCAACUUUGGAAGUUUGGAAGCAAUGGCAUGAGACAACUAAAGAGGUUAAUGUUGUAAGAUCGAGAGACCUCAAUACUCAGAAGGUUGUCGAUUUAUCAGUAAGAUUGGAAGAACAAGCCGAACUCAGGUGGAGCUAG